AUUCUGAGUGGGGUGCCUCGGUAUCUCUGCGUGUGAAAGACCGAAUGUACGACAUGUCGGCGGGGAAUUUUGCUCUAUAGCCAGACGUAGAAUAUUAGAAUAUUAAGAAAUAAAAAUAACAGACAAGAGCUCACCUUGAAUCGUGUAAUGGGAGGUCAGAUAACUCGAAAUACCUUGUACGAUACUCUGGGUGGUCCGUUUCCCGUUUCCUCACACCGAUGUCACCACAAGCCCAAACGCUGCCUCUCCAGCCUGCCGUGUUCUGGCUCUGCCCUCCCGGCCAGCCCCCUGCUCUUCCACCCCAACGCCAAGGGCUCCCAGAUCGUCAUGGACCUGUCCCAGAGGGCCGUCAAGAGGCAGUCCAGCUUCUGCAAUGCCAUCACCUUCAGCAACCGCCCCGUGGCUCCCUACGAGCAGGUCAAGCUCAAGAUCACCAAGAAGCAGUCAUGCUGGAGCGGAGCCCUAAGGCUGGGCUUCACCACCAAGGACCCAUCCCGCAUCAACCCUGACAGCCUGCCCAAAUAUGCCUGCCCCGACCUGGUGUCCCAGAACGGCUUCUGGGGCAAGGCCCUGCCCGAGGAACUGGCCAAUGAGGGGAGCGUCAUCGCCUUCUGGGUGGACAAGAAGGGCCGCGUCUUCUACCGCGUCAACGACUCGGGCCCCAUGCUGUUCUUCAGCGGGGUCCACACCGCCGGGCCCCUGUGGGCCAUGAUCGACGUCUACGGCCUGACCAGGGCGGUGCUCCUGCUUGGAAGUGAGGUCAUGCAGCCGAGCUCUCUGCGGCCGCGGCCCUUCGCCGCGGUGCGCAUGUCGUCCCUGCGCAGAGACGCGGACGAGUCGCGGCUCUCCGUCAGCCUCUGCGACCUCAGUGCGGAUGAGGAGCAGCUGCGCCUGGCGGCGGCCUUCCCCGUGCCGCAGAACUCUCUCAACUCUCAGCGGUCCGUCCUGCUCCCCCCGCAGCUGGAGGGGGACCUCCGCUUCCACAGCCUCCGCGGGGCCCACCUGCGGCCGCUGGACGAGCAGACGGUGGCGGUCUGCGGGAGCAGCCGCGAGGAGCGGACGCUGGCCUUCACCGAGCGGCCGCUCCGCACCGGGGAAACGGUCUUCCUCAAAGUCACCGCCAGGCCUAGCCCCGCCCGCCCCCGCUCCCUCUCCUACGGGGUCACCACCUGCGACCCCUCCGCCCUCCGGCCCGGCGACCUGCCCUCCAGCCCUGAGGCCCUGGUAGACCGCAAGGAGUUCUGGGCUGUGUGCAGGGUGCCCGUGGCCCUGCACAGCGGGGACAUCCUGGGAUUUGUAGUCAACGCCGAGGGAGAGGUCGCUCUCAGCCACAACGGGAGGAACGCUGGGAUGCGGGUGUGCGUGGACAACUCCCGCCCUCUGUGGAUGUUCUUCAGCCUCCACGGAGCCGUCACACAGCUGAGGAUUCUGGGUUCGGCUCAGCUCGGUGACCUCCGGGGGCCGUCCAGCCCCGGGACCCCCAACUCCACCCCCAACACCCCCACAGGAACGUGCAGCUUUGAGCCCGCCCUCAACGGAAGCUGUCCUGGGGCUUUGAUUCUGCCUUACUGUAACUCCGCAGGGACGACUCCCAGCUCGCCCGUCAGUCUCUCCGAGUCCUCCUCCUUCCCAUCAGCCCCCGGGUCCUGGAGCGACGAGUGCACGAUCUGCUAUGAGAACAUGGUGGACGCCGUGAUCUACUCCUGCGGGCACAUGUGCCUGUGCUACACCUGCGGCCUGAAGCUGAAGAAGAUGUCCAACCCCUGCUGCCCCAUCUGCAGGAGGGCGGUCAAAGACAUCAUAAAGACCUACCGCAGCACGUAGGGCGCCUGGGCUCACUCUGGGGAAAGCUGCUCGCUCCAUGGUACCUGCGAGGUCACGCGGGGGUCGCAGCCGUCCAAUCGAGGUCCGCGUCGUGUCUUGCAGGCUCAGCCAUCGCCGAAACCACUUACACUCUUCCAGGAGUAAAACCACGUGAUGUUCUUCUCGCCAGGGUUCAGAGACCUAAGACAUCGGCCAGGCGAAUGGCAGGACCGAUGGGGUGAAUUAUCAGUCUGUUGUCAAGCAGGCCUGAGAGUGGAGUGGACCUCGCCUUUUAAUGGAAUUCAUUUCUGUUGAUCUUUAGGUUCUUGUUGUGCCUGGGUCAAGGCGAUGAGAGAACAUUUUUUCACUUGUUGUUUUGUUUUCUUCCAAAACCGUUCCAAUGCAGUUGGUAAGGGCCUUGGAGAGAUAGUAAUGAAAUGUUUAUUUGUGUUUUUUUUAUGAUAUUUUUCCUCCAGAACCGCUUGGCAAUUGCUUUCUAUGCUGUAUGGUGUAACCUCUGCUUUUGUGUGUGAUUUGUGUUGACUAGUCCUGGCAGCAGAUUGAACAUGGACUCCACAGUGAACAACGCUAAAAGUGACUGAGUUGUUUGCGUCCUCACCAUGGAGUGCAGGUCUGUUUGGACCUGUAGUGAAAGAUGGACUUGCAGUAUGAAAGAAAAAAAGCUUACUUUUCUAUAUUAUGUAUGAUACACAGAUGAAAUGAUGGGGGACAUUGUUCCCUUCCUGUUAUUUAUUAUUUUUUGACAUACAUGCUAAUACAUUCAGAUCUGCAGGAACAGAAUGUGCAUUGAAUUUGUUCCCUCAACAGGACACCCGCUUUCUAUUGUGCACCAGGGCUGGGGUUAGGGCAUUUCAGUUCAGUAAAUUCACAAAAUUAAUAGAGAAAUUUCUAUAGAACAUCCCGGGCCUUUUUCAGUGUGUUUCCAGAAUGAACUGAAUUGAAAUGGAAUUGGCCCCAAAUGUGUUGUAUACAGAUUUUAUUCUGUCAUUCGUCACUGGGUGUGAGGACAAGAGCCCUCACAAACUAACAGCAGUAUACAGACACACACAGAGGGAGUCACAGUAUUGACCGCAAAGACUUAAUGGAAACAUGUUAUCACAGGGGUCUAUGGCACUUGUGUAUACAAAUCACCACUACUAAUACCAGUACCUUAUCAGUUCUAAGACUGGCAAGCUGUUAAAAUGUGGAUUAGAUUUGUGCGGCAGCUGCAAUGUAAUCAAGGAAGGUGUUUUAAGAAUCCCAUAGGGUUUGGGCCGAUUCCAAUUUCAAUUCAGGAAAUUAACAGAAAUCCAGUUGAUGAAGUGAAAAAUGGCCGCUAAUGUUCUACAAGGUUUUUACAACUUAUGAACUAAAUUGUCUAAAUUGGAAUGGAAUUGACCUAAACCACAGAAUCUCUCUGGCCCUUUUUUACUAUAGACACAUUUUUUGAAAGCAGCGUGACACCGUGACAUUACCCGUGCUAGCAUGCUAGCGCUCAGGGGCUGUCCAUCGUACGCCGGUGUCACCGAGACGGUCGUCAUGCCGACACAACGCAGACCUGACUUGUGACGUCACGCGACUCACCCGAUACAUAGUCCAGAGACGGUACCGCGCCUGUGUUUAACGUGCCGCUGCUUCGGUGUAAAUUAAACGCCGUUCCCGAGUUGACAGUACCCUCUUUCAUGUGUGAAGGCUCACCUCCUGUCCGACUGAGGCUGUGGUAGAAUGCCUCCAGGUCAGUGUUCCUGCUGUUCCAAAAGAGCGUGAACAAGACAGGAGAAGGGAUUAUCUCUUCCACACAUUUCUCCUCAGCUGUGUUACCGGUUUGCUUGCAACUGUUAACAUUUACAUCCCUGGUGUAAAAUCCAACUAUGAACAGCUUGAAAUGACCUGUUCCAAAUUGGCUAAAUUAGCUAAUUUGUUAAUUAGCUGGUCCAAAACAUAGCUUGAUCUGGUCAAACCACGUUGAGCAUGGAGUCAACCAGCUGUUCCAAAGCCUAGCUUGAGCUGUUAUUGUCAGCAGGGGUUAGACCACAAAAGUGCCAGGAUCCGAUGUCAGCCCAGCAACAACUUAAGCACAAAUGAUCAGUUUUGCUUUGGGGUACGGAUACUUAAACAAACUGCCAGUGUACAUAGGGAUGUGUAGUAUUCUGUCACACAAACUGAAUGAAAAUCUAAAAUUCAGGUUCUACUGAAUGUGGCAACAGUUUAUUGGCAUCUGGAAGAGCAAGUAUGCCUAUGUCUUAAUGAAACAAUGACAAGUCAUUCUUCAGCUCAUUCAUAGAAAGGUACAUGAAGUUAAAUUUUGCUAUUUAGUCUUGUUAUCCAAGAUCUUAAAAGAUGAAACAUUUAAGAAUUAUUUUUAGCUCAUUAUUUGGCUAGAAUAUAUUAAGCCAUAUAUUUAGCCAUAUUUUUGGACAAUUAAGCUAAAUUGCUCUAUGGCUGCAUUUUCUUUCCCUAACAAGAGUAUCAAUGGCGUUGAUAUUGUCAAAGUAUAAUUUUUAAUGGUUGUAAAAGGCAUUUUGUAUUCCACAAACCUCAAUAGAGUGAGGACCAAAGGUCUAAGGACACUAUCAAGUCCUGGUUGUUUUCAUUUUUUGAGGAAUAAUGCAAUCAUAAUACUCCAAUGACACUUCUAAAGAAAACAUUAUUGAGGACAAGGGGAGCUUAUUAGGAUGGAAUUUCCACCACAGUCACCAGACCUGAACCCAAUGGAACAUCUGUGGGAGCAUUUGAAGAGGGAAGAGGCCUCUUCAGUAAUCUUAGCCAAUCAUCUAUGGGAAGUGUUGAGAAAGUUCUGGAUUAAAUGGAAGAUGAGGUGUUGCAUAAGCUGUUGGAAUCAAUGCCAAGCAGAGUGAAGAUGGUAAUAAAGAUUAAAGUACUAACAAUUUUGACCUUUGUUAAAUACCUUAACUCUUUUUUGUCUUGUAUUAUUUAAAAAUGCAUUCUUGAAAUAAGAAUUAUAAAAAGAGUACCAUCACUCUUAGCCCUUGAAAUCAAUGAGUUCAUGGUAGUGUCCUCAGACUUUUGACCCCCACUGUAUAUAGCCCAUAAAAUUGCAAGGACAAUCAGAGAUUGAAGAACAUAAAGCUCUUCAAUUGAAAGCUGCAUUUAUCUGAUCCAUCUUCAGUAAAAUAACACAUUUCUAAAUCUGUAGGUUUCUUUUGGUCAGUUCAAAUAUUUACGCUGUGGUAAAAUCUAAUAGCUGAUGGUCAAGCUCACUCAGACUUGUCUGUGAACAUGUCUACCUUUGCACCUGCGUGAUACUCCAUCUUAAAGUAGUAUGAAUUAUAGUUUCUCAAGAUCAUAAGAGUAAUGUGGUUUACAAGCAUUGCUUAUGAAUCAUCUCAGAUUAAGACUUCUUUGGGCCUCAGAGCGUGUAACAGAAUCGGCUCCUAAUUACACUCCUGAGAAGACAUUACUGAAGGUGCUGUGCAGGGAGAAACAGCUUCAUGUCAUGGAAAAUGAAAUAGCUUUAGGGUUUAAACUACGCUGCUAACCAUUUGUCAUGUUCCAGUGCUGAUGCAUACAUUUUCCUGAACACACAGACAUGCUGCUGCUAAUUGCUAAUUCAUAACAGAAUGUAGAAUUUAUGGUCUUUUUUAUAAAAGUGUAUUGUACUGUAAUUACUGCAGUAGUUUCAAAUAAUUGACUUUAUUGUGCCUCUUUGUCAUGUGAAAGACUGCUCGUUAUCUUACAGUACAAAUGGUUUCUAUCUACCCAUUUUAAAUAUUCUUUCCCAAUAAUUAAAUCAAUGUUAACCUUUUUUGGAAAGCCUGCAAACAUGUUUUGUUCUGAACACAGUACACAUAUACAUUACAUUCUGUACAAGGUUAUGAUUAUUUAUUGUCUUGAUGUAUUACUGUGUACUGUCUACUGUGUUAAACGUCGCAAUUCAUGUGUGAAUUGAAUUUUCAAAAGAGACAGUCCUUGGAAAAAAAGUGGCCCAAGGUGAAUGGUAAAAAAAAUCCUGACAACAUUUUAGAGCAUAAUAGAUUAUAGCCAGCCCUACUGCCAGUCCUAUCAUUCAACAAUGACCAACAUGCUCUAGGAUCAAACCAACGACUGCAAAGCCAGCAUUUAUACUCUCUCUUCAAACCAAAAUCUGCCGAAUCCGGUCGGGUCGAUUGUGGCUCCAUCAUCCUUGCGUCGCUACUCAGAUUUCGCAGUACGACAGACUCACCCAUUGUUUAUUUAAGAAAUAGCUUUGACUGAACUGCUUGUAAAUCCUGUUUUCUGGUUGAGUGCAAUGAAUGUGUCUGUCAAUAAAGCGAUCGGGUUGCGUUUCAACCGUGCUUCACCUCAA